AGCGAGCGCGAGGUGCUGUGUGCGUGUGUGUGUGUGUGUGCGCGUGCGUGUGUGUGUGCGUGUGUUUGCACGCUGCGCAAGGUGGUGUGUGUGAGUGCUGAUAUCCAGAAGCAGCCCAGGAAUUUUAUUUGAUCAGUCUUUCCUAAAGCAGAGCGGGACAGUGAGGUUGCCAUUAACCAAAACAUUGGGAACUGGUUUCUCCAUCAACAGUUUGAUAAGUUUAACAGUGACUGAUCAUCAGUAAAGUGAAGGACUCUGGAAACCCACGGACAAGUGAAUGGACGAAGUGAUGUUUUGUGAAUUUGUCCAUGACGAAUGAGGAAUUAAAUGAUCUACUGCGUCAAAGGUUUGACGUGAUGGUAUGGACUCCUAUAUUAUAAACCAAAAAAGCUCUUCUGAAAUGGUAAAAAUGGAGUCAUGGACAUUACUCCCUGCUCCCCCUAACCUUUCCUUUCUUGAGCCUCUUCUUUAUGACAGCUUCUUCCCAGGCAAUGAGUCUGCCUUUAGCCCAGAUGAUUAUCCUCCCAAUGCCUUUGACCAGACAAGCACUGUGGUUAUCACCUUUGUGUACUUUGUGGUGUGUGCUGUUGGACUCUGUGGCAAUGCACUGGUCAUGUAUGUGAUCCUUCGCUAUGCUAAAAUGAAGACUGUCACCAACAUCUAUAUUCUUAACCUGGCUGUUGCAGAUGUCCUGUGCAUGCUUAGUUUGCCCUUUAUUGCAAUUCAGCUAGCAUUGCUUCACUGGCCUUUUGGUGCUGCCAUUUGCCGUAUUGUCCUUACCAUGGACUCUCUGAACCAGUUCACCAGCAUUUUCUUCCUGACCGUGAUGAGCAUUGACCGGUAUCUUGCAGUGGUACAUCCAAUCAAGUCCACUAAAUGGCGCAAGCCACGAGUGGCCAAAACUAUCAGCCUUGCCAUGUGGGGGGUGUCACUGCUGGUUAAUUUGCCCAUUAUGAUCUUCAGUGGCCUGAACACUAAUAAGAAUGAGGCACGGACAUGUACUAUGCUGUGGCCAGAUCCUCAAAAUACCUACUACACUGCCUUCAUCUUCUAUACCUUUCUCUUGGGCUUCUUUCUGCCGCUUAUUGUUAUUUGCCUGUGCUACCUGCUCAUCGUGAUCAAGGUGAAGUCCUCAGGUGUGAGGGUUUGCUCCAGCAAGAGAAAGCGCUCUGAGCGCAAAGUGACACGCAUGGUAUCCAUUGUGGUGAUCGUGUUUGUGCUCUGCUGGCUACCGUUCUACAUGUUCAAUGUGGCAUCUGUGACCAGCACACUCAUCCCUACACCAGUGCUGAAGAGCACCUUUGAUUUCGUAGUGGUACUGGGAUACGCCAACAGCUGCGCCAACCCCAUUCUCUAUGCAUUCUUGUCGGAUAACUUCAAGAAGAGCUUCCAGAAUGUUCUUUGCCUCAAGAGGGUGGGCGGCCUGGAUGAAAUUGAACGUAGUGACAGCCGGCAGGACAGGACACGGAUGGUCAAUGACAUCAUCACAGAGACUCAAAAUGCUGCCUUGCUUAAUGGUGAUCUGCAAACAAGCAUCUAGGAUUGGUCAGCAAACAAGCAUCUAGGAUUGGUCAGGAGAUCUGGAUUUACAAGUAAAUGAUAACCAGAACUGCUAUAAAGGAUACACUAUAUUUCAGUAUCAGAGAUUUCACUCUACUUGAUUUAGACCACAUUUGGGAAACCCAAUAAAAUGCACAGGAAUGGUUAAUCCAUAAGUAACAUGUUUAAAUCUGUUCAUUUUAUGUCCAAAGUCCAUUUACAAUAUUGACUACGAAGGGGGAAGGUAUUCAGUUUGAUGAGGACCCCUACUACCCCUUCUGUGGACACAUUUGUGAACAUACUUUGAGGAGACCUGAAUGUUCCAGAUAAAGAGGCCACAAUCAUGAAGAUACAUUGAGAAUGCCACUCAACCACUGUAGAUAGCCACAUUUGUUUGCAUUGUGUUUCUGCGCGCAACCGCCAUAACUGUUACUGUUUGUUCAUAUCUAUUGCUGAAGAAAAGGUCAUUGUCCUCAUAAGAUAAACAGAAAUUAGCUCUCAAUCAACACAAGGUUGGCUUGCAAAAACUCUCAGUUAUGAUGUUAAUACUUCACUUUAGAAGGAACAUUAGAAGGAUAGAAGUGUAAAAUGAAGAAUAAUAUUGUUCAGACAUACCAUCAUUAAAUAAAUAUCUGAAUAGAAUCUAAAUACCAUCCAGACCUGAGAAUUACACAUGUAAUUUUAAUAAUAUGUAAUAAACCAUAUUAAUAAAAUGAAUAAUCUAUUAUUCAUCUAAGCUCAUUAUAGCAAACAUUAGGCAAAGGGCACAAGCAAAUUACAGAACUCAUUAAAAUUUAAUGACUGCAACAGCAAAACAGCCUUAGGCAAAAUAGUAUUAGCUUUUUUAUUAGCUUCAAACUAUUUUUUGUUUGUAUAUUAUAUGGGAAAUCAUUUUAUGGAAGCCACAUGGUGGUGACUUUCUGUUAUAUUCAUAUUACAUUUAUAUACUUUAAAAACACCUCUCAGUCAUUGGUGUCUAGAUGCUUCUAUAUUGUUUAUUUAGUCAAGGUUUGCUGAGUUAGAGACAAUUUAAAAAAAAGAAAAAGAUCAGUGAUAUAGAAAAAGAAAUGAAAAGAGGGAAUGAGAACAAUAUAGGCUGUGGCCUAAAGUAAAUUGAGGGUAUACUUUAUCAGUCUUUGACUGCAAUAUUUGAGAGAAAAUGUCAUCAUUAAAGGAGUCCUGAUUUUACAAAAAACUUGAUGACAUCCAAAAAAUUAAAUAGAUGAAAUAUUAUUGUUAUGAAUGAGCCUGUAACGGUAGAUGCUUCAAGAUCAUUGGACAUGCAAUUUCCCCUUUAGACAAUGAUACUGGCUAAUCAAUCAAAUGAGAUACAUCAUUAAAGACUUUUCCAGUAUUCAAAAUAUUAUACAUGAAUUCUGAAGAAGAUGCAGAGACUCAAAGUGGGAAAAAUGCUCACAAAUAUCUGGUGUGCUUGUGGUCAGUCAGAGAACUUUAACAAUAAUUCAUUAACAUGUCUGUAAAAUAAUGUGCAUAUAUAUAUAUAUAUAUAUAUAUAUAUAUAUACUUUGUAUGUGUGAUUGUGCA